UUUGGUGGUUCGCUUCAAAUAUAUUUAUAUAAGUUCGAUCGGAGAGCGGCCCAGUCUUAUGUGGCUUGCAUUUUUGUGGCUAUAUACUUCGAGAACGAGCUGUUGAGGGAUUGAUGGAGAGAAGGAAGACAGUUGUGUGGGUUUCAUCGCUCGUUGAUGCAUACAUAAGAAGUGCAGAAGAGGAAGAAGAGCGGUUUCUGCUGUAUUCCCAAAAAUCUUAGUUUGAGGAGGAGAAUUGUGAAGCGGAUGAAAGAUUUAUCUGUGAAUGCAUUGCGCAUCUCUAUGGAACUCUGAAUCGUCAGCCUGAGUGUGAAGUGGUGAAGGUCUGCGGUGAACAAGUAGGAGAAUCUGCAGUCGCACGAGCCACAACAAGGAGUAAAAACGAUGGUGAAGCCGGGGCUUGCCAUCGCUCUCGGGCACGAUUGGUUUUCGGAAGCGCAGCGUUCCCGUCUUCCGCACACCCCAACAUUGGCUAGCACUGCGCCGCUACCAGAGCUUCCCGCUUUCGAUCAGCUGCAAAGCGGUGUUCCCGUCAGCCUCGUUUUAGUUCCAACAGCUUCCAUGAUAUGAACUGCAAAAGUAUCGUACUCGUAAAAAUGCAUUACAAAUUUCCUCAGCAUGAGAAAUGAAAUUUGUAAUGCGGAUUUGCCUCAAGAAAAUAAGGAUAAAGAAAAGAUAGAAUGAAAUAUGUAUUUUUUCCAAGAAUUGGAAAAAAUACAACCAAAAAUAAAUUUUCUAACCUUUUUUCCUUCAGUGACAUUUCUAAUCUAAUAAUUGUGGGACUUGCAUUUAUACGAAUGCGAUACCUUUGCACAGGAUACAAGAACAAGCUGAGUGCCAAAUUCCCCACCCGCGCAGGAUCAGGAAUCACGAAGUCCUUCUCCACCUUGCUCCCGCAUGUGAGCUUGAGCGGCGGUGCAGGAAAGUCAGGACAGAACCCCUCGCCAUCUAAGCUGGUCGGACCCGGAGACGGAACCAGAACCGGAGAGGACGGAGAAAACGGAGAAAACGGAGAAAACGGAGAAAACGGAGAAAACGGAGAAAACGGAGAAAACGGAGAAAACGGAGAAAACGGAGAAAACGGAGAAAACGGAGAAAACGGAGAAAACGGAGAAAACGGAGAAAACGGAGAAAACGGAGAAAACGGAGAAAACGGAGAAAACGGAGAAAACGGAGAAAACGGAGAAAACGGAGAAAACGGAGAAAACGGAGAAAACGGAGAAAACGGAGAAAACGGAGAAAACGGAGAAAACGGAGAAAACGGAGAAAACGGAGAAAACGGAGAAAACGGAGAGGACGGAGAGGACGGAGAGGACGGAGACGGAACGAAACCGGAGACCGACGGAGACGAAGACGGAGACGGAGACACGUAAGUAG